AGGUUCCGGUCAGGCGCUCAGGCCGGAAGCACGUGCCCCCACCCACCCCGCAGCGGUUGCCCGGGAGACGGGACUGUUUACCAGCGGGACCCAGCGGGGCGCAGGCCAGCGGCGGAUGGAGCGGUGAGGUCUCUCCCCCGUCUUUCCCCACUGGAGUAAUUUAAGAUUCAUGGCCAUCGGCUCACUGAUACAGUCCAAGUGCCUAGAAUGAAUGAAUGAAUUGCAGCUGGUGUCUCUCUCCAGAUGCCAGAAAUCCAGACAGAAGGCCCCCAGGCUGUGGCCCCUCCUUGCUUAUUCCAGGGGCCUUGAGAAGCGAUGGCCACAGAAGCCCCUGUGAACAUCACAGCAGCCGAGCGCGGCACCAUUGUCAGCCCCGCCGCGAACGGCCUGCUUUGGCAGCCAGACUCACUCCAGAUGCACGUGGCAAGGCCCAAGUCCGCCAAGGGCCGCACACGGCCGAGUCUGCCCCGAGCCCAGGGCACGGAGGCGAGCUCUCACCGCGCCCCGGCGUCUCCACCUCCUGCCGUGCCCUGCGAGUCGCUGAGCAACCAGAAGCCAGGGACCUGUGCACCCAGGUCUCCAAACCAGGGAGCCCCCAUAGGACUCCCCGAGUGGCGGCAGCAGCUGCCUGCUGGGACUUCCUGCUCUCUCAACAGGUACCCGGUCCUUCCUUCCAUCAUGAGAAAGAACCUGGCGGCCGGGGCUGUGGACAGAGUGGCUGAAAAGGCCCGCUUGCUGCAGCUGGACAGCGUCCCGGCUCCUUACGCUCCAGAGGACUCCUACGCCGCGAAGACUCGCGAAGAUUCCAGAGCCCUGGAGAGGAACUUCAGCGCCCAGCCCAAGACCCAGGCUUUCUGCAGGGCUGGGGACCUGGAGGAACCAUCGGACCAAGAACCCAGGCUGCUGCUUGCCAUCAGAUCACCAUCAGGCCAAAGGUUCAUCCGUUAUUUCCGGCCAACGGAUGACUUACAGACCGUGGUGGCCGUGGCUGAGCGGAAGAACCAGGCCACCUACCGCCCCUGCAGCAUCGAGACCGUGGAGGUGCCCAGGAGACGCUUCCCCGACCUCACCAAGUCCCUGCAGGAGUGCAGAAUCCCCCACAAGUCAGUGCUGAGCAUCUCCCGGGAAGAGGAGGAGGGCUGGCCCUGAGUCCGCAACAGCCAGCUGCGGCCUUGGGGCCCUGGGGCCCCGAGCAAGGGACGCGGCUGAGUGCUGGGACCUCCGCAUCCGAGUGCCAGGCAGGCCUGGGGCCGCUGUGGUCCUGGUGAUCCGUCUCCUCUGAGGUUAUGGGGUCCAUGCGUGUGCCGGGCUCACAGCUUGCUGGUGCCCUGGAGCGAACUGGCAGGGAAUCCAGGCUGUUCCCGGAGACCCCUGUGGCUAGGACUCCUCUCCAGGGUGGCGAGUCUUGCUCAAACAGCUGCCCUUUCUGGUUGCCUUCACACAGAACUCUGCUUGUCCUGAAACCGCUGGUUCGCCUUUCUGUAUUUGGUGCAGGAUUAAACACUUCCCGGAGAGGA